AUGUAUACAGAUCGUGAAUACACCAACAACAGCAACAACAGAAUACCUACGGCCUCGUCGCCAGCCAACACCAACAGCAGCUCGAGCUCUAACACCAACGGCGGUGCAUCGUUGCAAUCGUCCAACCAGCCGACCACCAGUUCGCCGUCGUCGGAAUGUCAAUCGGCCCCGCCGGCACAGCAGUUGUCCAAGACCAACCUUUACAUACGCGGAUUGAACCAAAACACAAUGGACAAGGAUUUGAUCACCAUGUGUUCGCAAUACGGCAACAUUGUUUCAACUAAAGCGAUAUUGGACAAGAACACCAACAAGUGUUACGGAUUUGUCGACUUCGAGUCGGGCUCGUGCGCUGACGCCGCGGUCAAAGGUCUGCAAGCAAAAGGUGUCCAAGCCCAAAUGGCUAAAGUGGGUAUUCCAGUUCAACGUAGAGCGGCCACUCAGCAAGAACAAGAUCCGACCAACUUGUACAUAGCCAACUUGCCACCGAAUUUCAAAGAGAACGAUUUGGAUACACUAUUAUCGAAGUUUGGUCAGGUAGUAUCGACUAGGAUUUUACGUGACACAAAUAUGGUCAGCAAAGGAGUCGGAUUUGCUAGAAUGGACUCUAAAGAAAAGUGUGAACAAAUCAUUCAAAUGUUCAAUGGCAAUCCCUUGCCAGGAUCUAAAGAACCGUUGCUUGUCAAGUUCGCUGACAGUGGUCAAAAGAAGAGAAAUCCUAGCUAUAGAUCAGACUCUCGUUUGUGGAGAGAAUCGGAGAACGGCGGAUGUGUGCGGUUUCCGGUACAGCACUAUAUGUUGCAGGGCUCACACGUCGGGUACGAAGCGGCCCACAACGGCCUGGCCGGGGCGGCUGGCUCGCACGUCAUACCGGCCACCGCGCUUGCGCAGUACGUCGGCCGGCACUACACCACGCAGGCGUUGCCUGCCCACGGAUACUCGAUCCCGGCGUCCACGUGGCUGCCGCAAUACGUGAUGCAGCCCGCGCCGCCACACCAUCUGGCCCAGAUAGACACUCCUGUAUGUUGUCAGAUGAUUCAGCAAGCUGAUCCUGGAUCCGUUCAAUACGGUUCAGUUAUACCGCAACUCGCCACACAUAUGUCUGCUUUACAGAUCGGAAAUGGAUCAUACGUGGCCGGCCCACACCCAGGUUAUCCGUACUACACCAGCACUGCACCAAACAUAAUUCACACGGUUCCAAUUCCAUCUGAAGAACAUCCAUCGACAGCGGCGUCACCCGAUGACUCCUAUCAACAUUACUCGCACAAAUAA